AUGGAUCUACGAAACGUGCAGAGCAUCGAGCUGCCCGCGACAGCGGACAUGCACGUGCACCUGCGCCAGGGUGACAUGAUGGAGCUUGUAACGCCAACUCUGACCGCAGGCGGCGUUGACACGGCCUUUGUCAUGCCCAACUUGGUUCCUCCCGUGACCACCGUCGAGAUGGCGCUCGAGUACAAGCAGAAGCUCCUCGCCACCAACCCCGACGUGCACUACCUCAUGUCGCUCUUCCUGCACGCCAGCGUCACGCCGGAGGUGAUUGACCGGGCGGCCGCGGCCGGCGUCACCGGCGUCAAGCUGUACCCGCAGGGCGCGACGACCAACUCGGACAACGGCGUGGCGGACCUCAAGGCCUUUUACGACACGUUUGAGGCGAUGGAGAGGAACGACAUGGUGCUGAACCUGCACGGCGAAGCGCUCGAGGCGCUGGCGCCGGCCGGCUUGACCCUCGAGGAGGCCUUCCUGCCCACGCUCAUGAGCUUGCACGAGCGCUUUCCCAAGCUCCGCAUCAUUCUUGAGCACUGCACUACGUCUGCGGCUGUCGAGGCUGUUAAGGCGUGCGGCCCCAACGUCGGCGCUACCAUCACCGCGCAUCACCUGUACCUCACCGAGGCCGACGCCUGCUGCGACCCGUUCGCCUUUUGCAAGCCCAUCCCCAAGAAGCCUCUCGACCGUGACGCCCUCCUUCAAGCCGCCAUGAGCGGCAAUCCCAAGUUCUUCUUUGGAAGCGAUAGCGCACCUCACCCCAUCCAGAACAAGACAUCGGCCGAGCAGGGCAAAGCCCCCGCGGGCGUCUUCACCCAGCCGUUCGUCACGCAGCUCGUCGUGCUGGCGCUGCAGGAGGGCAUCGCGCGGGGAGUGCUCGCCGACGCGGACGUUACGCGGGAGCGGCUGGAGGGCUUCCUGAGCCACAACGGGCGCGCGUUCUACAAGCUGCCGCGGGCGACUCGCCGCGUGGUGCUGGAGAGGAAGGGGGAGAGGAUACCAACGAGCGUGAAGAGCGAGACGGUGGAGGUGGGCAACUCGCGACAUGGUGAUGAGGUGUUCAGCCUGCGGUGGCUGUAA